CAAAAAGAAUAGAAGAAUUAAAUUAGUGAUUUAAAUAUUGAAAUAGUUCAAUUAAACAGUGAAACUUCAUUUAUUUAUAAUAUCUACAAUAUAAAAAGUUAAAUAUGAGAUUACUGACAGCAUUCAUCGCCUUUGCGGCACUUGCUGUGAUAGCAGUGUCUUCAAAUGAAGAUAAAGAUAAGAAAGACGUCGGCACAGUGAUUGGAAUUGAUUUAGGAACCACGUACUCAUGCGUUGGAGUUUAUAAGAACGGACGUGUUGAAAUUAUUGCCAAUGAUCAAGGUAAUCGCAUCACACCAUCAUAUGUCGCAUUCACAGCUGAAGGUGAACGUUUGAUUGGUGAUGCUGCAAAGAAUCAGCUUACAACAAAUCCCGAAAAUACUGUUUUCGAUGCCAAACGUUUAAUUGGACGUGAAUGGACGGAUUCAGCUGUACAGCAUGACAUCAAAUUCUUCCCAUUUAAAGUCAUUGAAAAAAUGUCAAAGCCUCACAUUGAACUUAAGACAAGUCAAGGUUCAAAAGUCUUCACACCCGAGGAAAUUUCUGCUAUGGUGUUAGGAAAGAUGAAGGAAACCGCCGAAGCUUAUUUGGGAAAGAAAGUUACUCAUGCCGUUGUCACAGUUCCAGCUUACUUCAACGAUGCACAACGUCAAGCCACUAAAGAUGCUGGCGUCAUUUCAGGCCUUAACGUGAUGCGUAUUAUCAACGAACCAACAGCAGCUGCUAUCGCUUAUGGAUUAGAUAAGAAAGAAGGUGAAAAGAACGUUCUGGUGUUUGAUCUUGGCGGUGGUACUUUCGAUGUUUCACUUCUCACAAUCGACAAUGGCGUCUUUGAAGUCGUUUCAACCAACGGUGACACACAUUUAGGUGGUGAAGAUUUCGAUCAACGUGUCAUGGAUCACUUCAUCAAAUUAUACAAGAAGAAGAAGGGAAAAGACAUUCGUAAAGACAAUCGCGCUGUUCAAAAACUUCGUCGUGAGGUUGAAAAAGCAAAACGAGCUUUGUCAGCAAGUCAACAAGUUAGAAUUGAAAUUGAAUCGUUCUUUGAAGGCGAAGACUUCAGUGAAUCGCUUUCGCGUGCCAAAUUUGAAGAAUUAAACAUGGAUUUGUUCCGUUCCACAUUGAAGCCUGUACAGAAAGUCAUGGAAGAUGCUGACAUGAAUAAGAAAGAUGUCGAUGAGAUUGUCCUUGUCGGUGGAUCCACUCGUAUUCCAAAAGUGCAACAAUUAGUGAAAGAAUUCUUCAAUGGCAAAGAACCAUCGCGUGGUAUUAACCCAGAUGAAGCUGUUGCUUAUGGUGCUGCUGUACAAGCUGGUGUGUUGUCAGGUGAACAAGAUACAGAAGCAAUUGUCUUGCUCGACGUUAAUCCACUUACCAUGGGCAUUGAGACUGUUGGUGGUGUCAUGACAAAAUUAAUUCCAAGAAAUACUGUCAUUCCCACAAAGAAAUCACAAAUCUUUUCAACUGCCAGCGAUAAUCAACACACAGUCACAAUUCAAGUUUAUGAAGGAGAACGUCCAAUGACCAAAGAUAAUCAUUUGUUGGGUAAAUUUGAUUUGACUGGAAUUCCUCCAGCACCACGUGGCAUUCCACAAAUUGAAGUAAGCUUUGAAAUUGAUGCUAAUGGGAUCUUACAAGUGUCAGCUGAAGACAAAGGAACAGGAAAUCGUGAGAAGAUUGUCAUUACAAAUGAUCAAAAUCGUUUGACACCUGAAGAUAUUGAAAGAAUGAUUAAAGAUGCUGAGAGAUUUGCUGAUGAUGAUAAGAAGCUCAAGGAGAGAGUAGAAGCACGUAAUGAACUUGAAAGCUAUGCAUACAGUCUUAAGAAUCAAAUUGGAGACAAGGAGAAGCUUGGAGCUAAGUUGUCAGAAGAUGAGAAGACAAAAAUGGAAGAAGCAGUUGACGAGAAGAUUAAAUGGCUCGAGGAGCAUCAAGACACCGAUGCUGAAGAUUACAAGAAACAAAAGAAAGAGCUUGAAGAUGUUGUUCAACCAAUCAUCGCUAAACUUUAUCAAGGACAAGGUGGACCAGGCGGUGAAGCUCCACCAACUGGUGAAGACGAUGAUGAUCUCAAAGACGAGUUGUAAACACAUCUCCUUAGUCAAUCCUUCCCACUUAGUUUAUUUACGCAAUUCUUCUUCAUCUUUUUCUACUUCUUUCUCUAAUUAAUUUGAAGUCAUCGUUUAAGAUGAUUCAAAAAUUUUCUAUUUUCUUUCAAAGAUUCGAGUUAAGCAAGUGUAAAAGUUUAAAAGUCAUCCAAACGUCUCAUUCCGCGUACUUUCUUAUAAUAAUUCAUUUUCUUCAAUCUGAAUUUAAUUUAACUUACUUUUAUUGUCGCAUUACAAACAAUGAAAUAAUUUUUCUUAAUUUAUUUAAAAUGAAAGAAGGAAAAAAAGAGAAAUAAUCCAAAUGCACAUGACUGAAUGAUUGCGUGCGUGAUCUUUAAUUUGUAAAAUUUUCUUAAGCGUUAGAUUACAACAAAA